CCGAGGCUACCCUCCCCAUUUUGCUCCACUUCUCUCCCUCACCAGAUGUCAUGGGCUGCCUUGGUCCCCAAGCUCUGCAAGCCCUGACUCAAGUCCUGGCGCCCCCUUUUCUCUUCCUCUCUAAACAUUAGGUCAUUCAGUCGCUUCUUUGAAGUUCCAUAGACAUUUGACGACCUAUUCUCUGCUCUCUGUCUCCUCCCAUGCCGUUUCAACCAAAGCUCACUCUUUUUCUGCUCCGCUUCAACUACUGAAAAACCCCACCUUUUGUUUCUUUCUUUUUCGCUUUUUGGGGCUUCUUCGUCAUCCUCAUGCUUAUAGACAAAGGGUUCCCUCGCUAGUCAUACGGUCAUCGUUAAUGCCAUUUCAGUCUCCUGCUUGUUCCCCUUGCCUUUGAAGCCAAGCUGAGUGAUAGACCCAGUUCUUUUUUUUGAAUUGGGUCUAGGUUUUAGAACCCUAGUUCUCUCUCCCUUUCACUUUUGGCCAGUUUUGUUCACUUUGCCCCAUACGCACUUCCUUGGAGGCUGUUUGGCUCCAAGAAUUUCCGCCUCUUGAGGUGACUAGCAACGGUAAUGUGAUAAAGGGGGCUUCUUCUGUCAUUUUGGGGCUCCCUAAAUGAUAUGAUGAUGACGAAUACUCAUAGCUUUGUGUCGUGGGAGGAACACACUUUGUGUCAAGAGCGUGGUAACCGUGUUGUCCAUUAUUACUUGAAGGAGGCAUCAGGGGAAUUUGUCCUUGCUGUUAUAGGGACUGAGAGGAGUAUAAGGCACAUGAUGUAUGUUGUUUCAGAGGAGUUCGUGGAGACUUAUGGGUCCAAGGGAUUCAUUAAUGCGUGUACCAAAUGGAGAGCAAGAAGAGAAGUUGUAGAAUGGCUUACUUCCUUGGUCUCGAGGCCUAGCUGGUCAGAGGUUUCAACAGAUUCACCAACAGAUGAAACAGCACAAGCAUUAUCAAUUACUGGCUUUUGUGCUCAUCAAACUUAUCUGCCAGAUCAGAUGGUUCCAAGGAAAUUGAAAGUUCACAAUUCAGACAUUGAAUGGUCUGGUGUUGCCUGGAGUUGUGCCAAACAGCUCAAGCACUACCCAGCAUUUUGCAGGAAUGGAGCUACCAUUUCUGUCCAUUCUUUUGUGUUUAUAAUGGCGUUAGAAGAACACCACUACCUUGGUUACUUGGAAGACAUGUAUGAAGACAAGAAGGGGCAGAAAAAGGUUAAAGUGCGUUGGUUUCACCACACUCAGGAAGUCAAGGAUGUAGUUCCUCAUCUAAAUCCACACCCCAGAGAAGUUUUUAUCACACCUCAUGUUCAGGUGAUCAGUGCUGAGUGUGUUGAUGGUCCUGCAACAGUUUUGACUCCUAAGCACUACGAGAAAUGCUUGGCUAUUGUUGCUCAUAAUUCUUCAUCUGGAAUCCAUAUGUGCUUUCGGCAACUUAAGAACCAUAUGGUUAGACCCUUCAGUCUUGCUAAAUUGCGGGGUUAUUCUAAUCAAGCAAUUCUCUCUUCUUUAGAUGUCCACAAUGUCUCCAAGCAAAAAGCCAAGUGCCAUAAAUUAUGUGAUGAAGAUGAGGAAGAGGAAGAGUUAGCACCUGAUGAUCCUCUGAGGAUUAGCUGUAAGAGAAAUAGAAGCAGCAAGGGGAGUCAGGGACGUUCUGGAGUUAAAAAUUUGGUCACUGGGAAUAAUCCACCAAAUUGCGUUCCAACAUACCCAAAGUUGAAAUUAAAAUUAUCUAGGAAGGCAAUUGGAGUUAAGAUUGCUGGAUCUGAGCCCCAAUGUCCAAUGUCUUUUAAGGUUGAUGAGAAGAUAGAGUUGCUCUGUCAAGAUAGUGGCAUGCGAGGAUGUUGGUUUAGGUGUCAGGUCUUGCGGACAUCUCAGAAGCUUCUCAAAGUUCAAUAUGAUGAUGUGCAAGAUGUAGAUGGAUCUGGCAAUCUAGAGGAAUGGCUCCCUGCAUUUAGAGUUGCUGCUCCUGAUAAACUGGGCAUGAGAUGCUCAGGCCGCCUGACAAUCCGACCCUGUUGUCCUAAUGAUUCUACAGAGUGUACUUUUGAUGUUGGAGUACCAGUUGAUGCAUGGUGGUGUGAUGGCUGGUGGGAAGGUGUUGUUACUGGAGUUAACAUUUCAGGAACUGAUACUCUACAAGUCUACUUCCCUGGUGAGGAGAAGCUUAUGAUUUUCCAGAGAAAGGAUGUUAGGGCUUCCAGAGACUGGGUUGAGAACACAUGGGUUGAUGUGAAGGCAAAGCCUGAUAUUCUCUUACAUAUAUCUGAAAAUAUCAGUUCUAGCAUGAAGCUUUUAACAAUCUCUGCUAGUUCUAUGGCAGAAGAAAAACAGAAAUUACCAGAUUUAUCCCCACCUGAUGAUGUAUUUGGAAAUGUGAAGAGGGUGAAUCUGAGGAAGCGGCCUUGUACCAGUAAUGAGGAUGAAAAGAACAAUUCUAGUGGCGGCGAUGGCGGUGAUGAUGGUACUUGCAACAAGGAUGAAUUGAUUUAUAAGGAAGAAGUUGAUCCUGCCUAUGAGAAAUCUGAAACACCGGGAGCCACAGAAAUGGCUGCUCAGGGCUGAGGUGGAGAUUUUUUUUACUUUUGACCAUAGGAUCCUGGAAGGUUGGGUUCAUUGUUCUUGUAGAUAAGAUGAACUGUCGGGAAUAGGGAAUCUAGAUAUGCAAAGUACUAUUAUCAAGUUUCUAACAUCAUGAGAAUUGGCAGGUGUACAGCUAUAUAUCUGAUAGGUUUAAGUUUAUCGAGUUCAACAAGUGCUCAAGUAAAUGUAAUCUGAUGGUCAUCAGGUUAGGCAGUAGCAGCUCAACUCACUCUUAGUAGUAAUUAGUGUGUGCUUUUGCACCCAUGCAUGAGCGGUGAACUUUUAAAAAUUUCCCUUUGUAUCUUAAUGGUAUCUUUUAAGUA